CACCAAUGCUGUUGGCAUUGGACAUCAAGUUGCCGAGAUUCUUCAAACAUGAGGCAGAAAUGCUUUUAGUUGGAGUUUAGAUCACCUUGUACAGAAGAGAGAAGUUGGCUGUGGCUCGAUUACAACAGGAAGUUGCAAGAAGUGAAAGUGAAGGAACAAUGUGUGAGAAGCUGAUGCAUGAAUUGGAGGAAGAGAGAUGUUUAAGGCUUGAGACUGAAAAGCGACUACGUGAAGUUACACUGGAGUCUGAAAUCAGUACAUCUCAGAUGCAGGCUCUGCAGAAGCAGUUUGCCAGGAUGGAAGAGACUGUAAGAAAUCUACUCCAGAAUCAAGGGGCACUAGGACAGAGUACGGGAGCAACAGCUGAUCUUUUAAAUGCUUGCCAGGCGAAGAUGUCAGAAGAAGUAACAGCUUCCAAAGAGACAGCAACAGACAUAAAUGAGGCAACUGAUGAAUAUCCAAGCAGUGCAAUCACCAUCGAGGAACAAGAAAAGACAAUGCACCUUUUGGAAAGAUUAAGAACAUUGGAGGCAGAAAACUCAGCCUUAGCCCUAGAAAAUGAACAUCAACGAAAGCAAUAUGAACGCUGUCUUGAUGAGGUGGCUAAUCAAGUUGUUCAGGCAUUGCUUACUCAAAAGGAUUUAAGAGAAGAGUGCCUGAAACUGCGCACUAGGGUUUUUGAUCUUGAGCAGCAGAAUCGCACAUUGAAUGUUCUAUUUCAGCAGAGAGUUCGCCUGGCUUCUGACUCACUUCUACAGAAACUUCACUCACGGAUUGUAGAUCUUUCAUCAGGGGACCUCUUCUCCAAUGCAGAGAGGAACAGACAUCCAAUCAAGUCAAAAAGUACAGACACUCAAAUUCACGAAGCUCAUCCAAACACACCAUCAAACGUAUCUGUUUUAAAGUGUCAGAGUCAAUUAAAUCUGACAGUACCUAGCCAACUUUAUCCCAGGAGCAGCUGUAGCAGCAGUGAACUCUCUAUCUCAAGUGCCUGCAGUGAACAUUCAAGUGGCUCCUAUACUUGGAAUGAAGGAAGGACAUGCAGUAAAAGGUCCUCUCUAAACUGGGAAACAAGACUCAGCAUUGGCUCCUCACUUCCCAGCAACCUCUCCAGUCCUGCAGACGAACUACCUCCCACUCGAGAAAAAGAAAGCCACAUCCUGGAAGGAUUAAAGAAACUUCAAAAGAAAAAGCCUUUCUUGGAACCACCUUCAAUUGUGUCAAAAUGGGCUUACAAGGAUUGUAUGAACUCCAAUGAAGGAAUUUAUUCACUUGGCCUAAGGUGUCGGAAUCGCAAUAAGAGUAAAAGUCAAACACCUUUCAAGGCUACUAAUAAAACAGUAUGCUUCGAUCAAACUAAACCAUUUGAGUAUGAUUCUGAUUCACAUGAUGAUGUAGAGGACGACUGUACGGCAAUCGUAAUAAAUGAAGUGCCAAGUAAAGAUUGCAAAUCAUUCUGUAAAAAGCUAACACACAGUAUUUCUGAUAGUCUGUUUGAUUGGGAUCACAAUGUUUCAGAAAGGCUCACACAUCUAAGCUCCAGAGAAAAGCCUGAAAAGCUGACUAGUUUUGUCACUAGUUUUCAGUCAAGUGAUAAGCUUUGUGCAAGCAACAAGUUGCCUGCAGCAAAACUGCAGUUUAAUUCUACCAAACUACACUAUAAAGAUUUAACUAUCCAGCUAUCUGACACUGAAGAUAUUGAGAUUUUGGAUGAACUGCAACUGGAAAACACUGAAAAAAGAAAUUCCUCUGAACUUAUAUCAAGUUUGUUAACUGACAAACAGUCAGUGAGUCAUGCAAACCCACUCAGUUGUAAAAAAACAUUCUUCUCAUCUGCAGAUAAAGAUGAAGGCCAUUUUUCACCUUGCUUUGACAAUAAUCCAGAGACUUCGAAUUUACUGAAAGAUAACUGUCAAGCAACCAAGUUUGUGAAAGCAUCAUCUGAAGAAUGCAUCACAAUAGUGUUUGAUGCUGAAGAUGGCCAGCCAAUUAGGUUUAAUUCCCAGCAGACAGCAAGUGUCACAGUGUCUUCAAAUCAAAUUUCUCAUCCAAAUGCUUCAGAUGGGAAUUGCCAGCAAACUGUUUUUGCAGUUGAAGACACUGGACUGGCGCCUCAAGGACUGAUCACUUGUCAACGAGGAAGUGAUGCAAGGAAUUAUACAGUUUUAGAGUCACUUCAAGGUCACAUGGAGCAAAAUCCUUUAGAACAUCCUAAAGUCAACAAGAAAACAUUUAGUUCUAUUGUUCAUACAGAUCCUGAAAAGUCUGAAAGGCCAUUAUCUCAACACAGUCUUCAACAACAAACAAUAUUGAAGCCGGCUUGUAGCACAACUUAUAAAUCAAACUGUGUACCUUCUCAUUCUAUCCAAAAGUCACACCUAACCAAAAUACCCAACAAAGGUAAAAGCUCAUCACAAAAACCCUGUAAAAUAAAUGGAAGUGUUUCUCCCAGUUUGCCUUCCCCACCUGGUUCUCUUAACCAAGACAAGUCUCCAUCAGCUGUGAAAUUUUCUAAAUAUUUAAAAAUGCCAAAUGUUAGUAUUAAUAAUGGUGUGAAAAAUGAUACCAACAUUCCAAAAGGCAGUUCACCACUUCCUCAAAGCUCCAAGAUUGCAUUAUACAAUGAAACAGGAAAGAGUCAUUCUGGGAUCGUACAAGGAUCUUUAUUUUCCAGAAAGCCAAUGGUGGAUCAUGGAGAACAGCCCACACGAGAUAAAUAUGACGGCUUGGAGUCGGAGGAAAUAAGUUCUCCAUCACCUCCACCUCCAGCUCCACCAGGGAGAUCCACUUCAUUGCUAUUUAGACCAAAUUGUGAACAUUCUCUGAAUGUAACUGCAAAAUCUGAAAUGCCCACGCCUGUUGACACAGAUAAGAAUGCACCCACAUGUUCAUCUUUAAAGCCAUUGGGAAUUACUAGUGCUGCUUCACCCUCUGCUCCAUUGACAAAAGAAGCACAAAAUCAACAAAACCAGAAGUCCCCAGCAGUGGCUGAUUUGAGCAGCUCCCACCAUGAAAAAGUUGCAUUGCAAAAUUCAGCACAACAGUCACAGGAGUCAAAUGAAAUCUCAAAUGAUUUGACUAGGAUGUCUUUUGAAAAAAAAUCUCUGAAAACAAAUUGCGCAAAUACUUCAUCAAUGCACAUUCAACCUUGUCCUCAAGCAGCUGCUAAAAUGAUUAGAAGUUUAACAUGCAAUCAUGCAAACCAAAAAGAUCCCUCUCUUCAAAACACAUUUUCUGCCAAAACAGAGCAAUUAUGCGAAAAUGACUUGACGAUACAAUGCACACCAUGUAAUGUUUUAUCAGCAUCAUCACAGUGCCAUGUACCAAGCAAAAAUGAACUCUCAGCUCAACCACAGCAUUACCAGUCUCCAUCUAUUUCUAGUGAUAAGCAGACAAUCUUUUCAUGCUUUGAAGAAAAAAACCCCAAAACUCGUGUUCCUGUUGGACUAAAAGUAUUCUUGAAAUCACCCCCAUUAUUAAGAAAAAGUUCAACAGUAGCUGGGAAGCAUGAGAAAGACAGUGUUAAUAUCUAUUCUAAAGGUAAUGUAAUUCAAGUAAAAUCUGGGCAAAUUGAUGCAUCUGAAAGUAUUGAACCUUUGGAAGAACCAAGUUCAGUAGUUAGUAAUGAGAACAAAGGUGAUCUUAAGGAUGCUCCUGUGGUUAAAAUAGGUUUUCCUGCAGAACUUGACAGUGAAAUGAAAUAUUGCAGAAACACUGCAGAUGGGAAUGAUGUUAACAUGGAAAUUAAAGCUUUCAAGAGGUCAAUUUCAGUGAAUAGCAAACCUUAUCUUAAGCCAGCUCUGGGUAUGAAUGGUGCCAAAGCUCGAAGCCAGAGUUUUAGCAAUCAGACUGGGGAGAAGCCUUCUGUUUCACUGGUGGAUGGGUCUGGAAAGGUGAGGACACAAAUAAUUACAAAUACAACUGACAGAGGUAAUUCCUUGACACGGCAGAACUCAACCACUGCAGCAGAAGCAAUGCAAACUAAACCAGCCUGUAGCUCUUCAGCUACCCAAAGUCCUUCAAAUUCUCCAAGAACAGUUGAUGUUUCCUAUGCACGACAGGUAUCAAAUGGAAGUAUAAGUAGCUCAAGUAGCCAUCAUAGCAGUCCUAGCAAGUUACCCUGUAGAACUCCACCAAAGGGUGAUAGCCAGCUUAGUCCUUUAAAGUGUAAUGGCAACCAGUCACCUCCUCAGAAAGAAACCAGAAGCCUACCUCUCAGUAAUAGGUCAAGUGAGAAAAAGACAAAACAAAUUCCACAGAAAGGAAAAAAUGUAAUGCUGUCUGGAUAUGAGUCUCAGUCAUCACCAAAUAUGUCUUCUGCAGAAAAUCCAUGCAAAUCACUAAGUCCCUCUGAACUUAAUAUAGCAAAAGUUGUUAAGAAACAAGAAAAUCUCUCCAAAAGGCCUGAAAUUCCUGACAAGGUACUCAUUCCUCCUCCUGUUUCUGAGACACAAUGUAGCAUCGAAGCAAAAGUCAUGUUGGGAAUUCAAGAAAAUAUGCAGAAGGUGCAAGGACGGGACAAGGUUCAAGUUUCAGAGACUAAACAGAAGACUGGGCCUUCAAUAGCCAAGUGGUUUGGAUUCCGAAAGAGCAAGUUGCCAGCUCCUAACAGUAAAAUGUCUGAUGAUUCUAAAUCCAAAGAUGAAAAAAAAGUAACCAAAAGUGGAGCCAGUUCUGGAAUCAAACAAACAAAAUUAGAUAAAAAAAAGGAUAAAAGAAAAAAUGAAAAAGGAUGUGAAAGGGAGAAUGAUGUCACAAAAAGAGAUGCCAGUUAUUUCAAAAAGUUAGAAAGUGAUUAUCCAAGUAAAGGUUCCGUGUUUACACGCCAGGAAACAAACUACAGUAGAAAAAUAAGUCUUACGUCCAAACAUCAAGGUCCUAAGGAUCAUAAUAUUCCCACAAAAGAGUCAACAAAUGAUCAGUUCAUGCAAGAGCUCCUGCACAGAGUUGAUAAGAAGGCAGCUCAUCAGAAGGAAAAUGGAUCAAAUCAUGUUUCCUGCAGGAACAUGUCUAAGGGCAACUCCCAUGGCUCUGCAUUUCCUAGCAACUCUAUCAGUGUUCAGGCAAACCACGGAAAGAAUUACAAAAUGAAGCCACCCACAGAGAUUCAAAAUGAAAUUCAUAAGGAGUUGCAAAUUGAUUCUGAGUGUGUAGGUAGUUCAAAUCCACAUGAAAAUUACGUUGAAUUGUGGCAAAUGAGUGAAUCAUCUCCAGGGAAACUCUCUGAUUGGCAAGGUUUAAAUUACGAGAACCAAGGGAAUGAAAAGAUUUUAAGUGCCAAGGUGGAAAUAAACACAAACCCAGAAAGUGCAAAGGAAGCCAUCACUGAAUCAACAUGCCAAGAUCAAAUGAUAGGAUCAAGUUGCCAGAUGAGAACAUUGGACAGUGGAAUUGGAACGUUUCCCCUUCCAGAUUCUGCAAACCGGGCAACAGGGCGACACAUUACCAAAACAACAUCCUGCCUUGAUUAUGAACUUUCCUCCUCCCUGGAAAAAAUACCACACAUAACAAAUGUUUCUCAAAAAGCAAAAACACUUGAACGAGAAGUGCCUUGCAGUGCUGAAUGCAGCAGUCCUCGACAGGACAUGAUUGGACAUUCAGCGUCAGAUCCCACAAUGGUUGCUAAGCCUGUGCAAGCAUUUCAAAGUUGCCUUCCCAAGCCAUCCAGUGCAGGUUUCCUUGUGCCUAAGUAUAAGAUGCAAGAUCACCUAAAUCAAGGUUGCACUUCCACUCAAUUUUCAAACAUCUGUAAAAGUGAGCAUUGCAAGUCGUCAGAGAGAAUGAGGAAUUUGCAGCAGCCAGGUGGUUCGCGAAGUCUGAGUGCCCAGGAGCAAGCAAUGCAUCUGUGCUCAUAUUCCGCCAGUAGCAGUGACAAUGAAACAGAAGCAGAACUUGGAUCAACUGAGAAUGGCACUGGUGGUGAAGAAUUAUUCAACAAAAUGAAGCACAAUAAAAACGGAAGUCAACAGCAACAUAUUGACAAACCGUCAUGCUUUGGAAACCAGUCAAGAGUUUUUACUUUCUACCAGCCAAAUCUAUAUAUGCAUUAUGGAAAGGAAAUGCCACACUUCAGUGUGAAGCAGUUACAUAGUGACUUCAGUAAGGAUGAAAAGGUUGAUGAUAUUCCAAGUAAAAUCAAGCAAGUGGGAAAAGAGGGAUCAAACUCCAAGUUGCCCAUUCCGCCGAAUGUCUCGAUGGACAAGCUCAACAGGAUGAACUUGCGCAUUAUAGAAGACAAGAAAUGUUUAUCGAAGCCCAAGCCUGACAAAGAAAGCGUAGGGAAACCCGAAGAAGUCUCGCCGAGUUCGCCGGAAAAGACCGGUGUGGACAACUCGGAAUCACUGAGCGACUCUUUGUAUGACAGUUUCUCAUCUUGUGCUAGUCAAGCUUCUAACGAGGUGUAGGUAUACAACCCGGAAAGCCGACUGAUGGGCACUUACAACAAAGAACCAAAAGAAUAAUGAUGCAAAUUAAAGGCAUUAGGGACAUUUUUAAAACAGUGUCACAGUAAAAUUAAGAUUGUGUAACGAAUUCCGCUCUUCCCACAGCAGAUUGCACUUGUUGGCAGAGAACACUGUAUUAAAACUGGUAAUCGCUGCAAUUCCUAUGAAGUGAACUGAUAGACUUAAGGAAACCAAUUUUGCACUGUAUAAAUACUGAACUUGUUUUUCCUGUAAAUUGAGAAAUAUAUUUGUAGACAAAUAAAGCAAUACAUACUGAAACAAUGGUGCAAUCCUGCCUGGACUAACACCCUUCAUCUGGAAAAUUGGAGACCACAGGUUAAAUAUCAUUUCUCUGCAUUUGUUUUUUGUUUCCCGCCUUUUGCUUGAAUCAGAUGCGGUGCUGGAGAGCUAGUCCACGAAUGCUCUGGUAUUCAAGGAGAUUGAAAUGUCUGAAAAGCGCACUCCCAUUCCCAGCAGCAAAAUAAAACCCUACCCACAACUCAAAUAUCUGUGUGUAGGAGACUGACGAACCCAAUUCAGAUGGCGUAUGUUUUAACUCAGGUGACUUGCAACAUUCACAAGAAAAUGGAUGGCCGCGUUCCCAAGCUCUGCGGGGUUUUGUCCAUUUAAAAAUGUCAGGGAUAACUGUAAUAUACUGUAAUUGUUUUUAAACACUCCUGUAACGUAAUGAGCGCAUCUCCAGCUACGAGCCAGACUGUCAGUACUGAUAAUUCCUCACUUUUCCUUUAUCUUUUUAACAACUUCAUCCUGCAUCCCCGCUGGAGCUGGUGUAGUUUUUUUAUUGGAAACCCUUUUUCAGCAGAGGCAACUCUGUUCCUUGUGGUGCUUACUGAAUGCCAUGGUCCCCCCUUUGUUUUCUACCAGGCCUGAGUUCAUACAUUUGGAGAACAUGCGAUAUUUCAAAUGGCGUGUAUUUUUUCUAGAUGUGAGAUAUUUAUACCUACUUUUGUACAUGGAAUUGUAAAGUAGUAUAUUUGAUAUGUUCUGUGGUUCUACACUCGACUAAAAAAGUUGAUUAAAAAUGUACCAAGUGCAAGCAUUCCGAAACCGUAUGGUUCCAACAGUGUUACUUAACUAUCUGGGUGCAAUCUAGAUGUUCAUUAUUAGAAAUUGAUGUCAUAUUUUUCAUGUACGAACAUUGUUAAAACAAAAUAAACUCGAUGCGUUUGCCUUCAGAUUUUAAGUAGGCGAUUCUGUA